CCUGUGCUCCUGGAAGCAGGUUCUGAAUGACUCAGCUCAGUUGCAGGACUAGUUCUAGCUGCAGACAUGAGUUUCUGGUCAGGUUUGACCCUUCUGCUGGCAUUCUGCCUGGUUCCCCUGGACGCCUGGUUCUGGAAUUCCAAGCCAGCGGCCACAGAGCCCCCAACAGCACAGAACGGUUCAGAGGACAAAAACCUAGCCGGGGUCGGUGCGGAGAUCAUUGACGUGGCCAGCGGGAUCCGGAAGUUUGUGGAGACCUGGGACCAGGAUCCAACCACAGGGGAUACCAAGCUGACCACGGAGAAGACCUCCACUGUCUCCCAGAAGCAGGGCCGUACGAAGACGGGUAAUGACAGGUCUUUGCUGGGAGAGGCAGAAGCUCAGUCAGGUAGGGAGGGCUCUUCAGGGUAUGCUAGCAGUUCAGGGCCUGGGUUGGGGUCAGAGGUCACUGUAGCAUCAACCAUUCAAUCAGGCAAAGAGGGUAGGGAAAAACCCGUUAGCACGAAUUCCUCUAAACAUCAUGGGAAACCCUUCAAUACCAGCAUGCCCAGCUGGAACGCCACUAAUACCGACCUGCGCCCAGAGGAGGGCACACUAACCUCUCCCGAAAACGGCACGUCCACCGCGCCCCCUAACUGCGUACCUCGUGGCUCCGAUUGGCCCUUCUGUACAGCCAGGGGCACGGCCGGCUUUGCCGCGCCCAACUUCCUCAACCACAGUCGUGCCGAGGAGGUUGGCGCGGUCUUGCGUGACUGGGCGUGGCUGCUUCGUUCGGGCUGUCACCACGGUGUGGAGUGGUUCUUCUGCCUGCUGUUGGCACCCGGGUGCGGGCGCUCAGCCGCUCUGCUUCCCUGCCGCAGCUUCUGCGAGGUUCUGCUGGACAGCUGCUGGGUGCUCCUGCAGGAGGGGGGCUUGCCAGUCCCCUGUCACACCCUCCCCGAGGGACCGGACCACGACCUCCCGUGUGUUUCCGUUAGUAACCACAAAGAGGAGAGCGGAGUGUCCUUGUUCCAGCUCAUCGGGAGCCCUCCGCCAAGUGGCGUCAAGCAGAUCGACGGCCCUGACAACAACCCAGCGUUCCUGUUCAGCGAAAAGGCCAAUGCCGGACAACUGGCUCGAACCCAUCUGCCCAGCCCCUUUUACCGCGACUUCUCUCUGCUCUUCCACCUUCAGCCCACCUCCACCGACGCCGGCGUCAUCUUCUCCAUCACCGACGCCGACCAGAAGGUCAUGUACGUGGGCGUGAAACUGUCGGCCGUGGAGGCAGGCUCCCGCAAGGUCAUCUUCUACUACACGGAGCCCGGAGAGAAGAUCUCGAAAGAGGUGGCCAGCUUCAAGGUGCCGCACGACCCAGAGAACUGGAGCCGGUUUUCCCUGGCCAUCAACAUGAACCAGGUCUCGUUUUAUGGGGAGUGCGACUCAGAGCCCAAGGUCGUGACCUUUGAGCGUUCGCCUGAUGACGUGGAGCUGGAAACUGGCGCUGGGAUCUUUGUGGGCCAUGGUGGUGCUGCAGACCCGGACAAAUUCAAGGGUGCAAUCUCAGAGCUGAAGCUGGUCGGGAACCCUCGGGCAGCUGAGAGGCAUUGUGAUGAAGAUGACGAUGACUCUGACUAUGGAUCAGGAGAGGAUUAUGGGAGUGGAGUAGAGGGCACUGAUAGUUACUCUGAAAAAAAAAUUCCAUCUGUUCUGCAACCUCUCCCGCCCCCACCUGUGUCCUCUGGACCCUCCAAGGCCUAUCUGGACACAGAUGAACGCCAGCUCGGAGGGACGGGUGCUAAAGGAGAAAAGGGAGACCGGGGAGAGAAAGGGGACCAGGGAGACAGGGGCCUCGCGGGGCCAAAAGGAGACUCUGGGCCCUCAGUCAGCUCAGGCUCCAGCAUCGUGGCCGGCGGAGAGAAGGGUGAACAAGGGGAGAAAGGAAUGAAGGGAGGUCCUGGCGCCGGAUAUCCUGGUGCGAAGGGUGAACCGGGCCCUCCAGGUCCGCCCGGACCUCCAGGUCCGCAGGGCCCAGCAGCAGAACUGGUUAAAGUGGGAGAUGGGACAGUGGUACAGAGAGUGGAGGGGAAAAUGGGUCCAAGAGGUCUUCCAGGACCUCCAGGACCACCUGGUCCUCCUGGCCCAGAGGGGGACCCAGGUGAUCCAGGGGAAGAAGGCAAAGUGGGUCCUGUUGGACCUCAGGGUCACCCAGGACUCCCUGGAACCCCAGGAAGUAAAGGACAGAAGGGGGACAAAGGUGAAGGUCAACCUGGACCAAGAGGUCCCCCUGGGCUUCCCGGGCCCCCAGGACCACCAUUCUCAGACAAACCAACCUUUGUGGAUAUGGAAGGUUCCGGAUAUGACAGAGUGGUGGGUGUCCCUGGACCUCCUGGCCCACCCGGCCCGCCUGGCCCACCAGGGCCCAUGAUACCUGGGGGUACCGGGUCAGCGACAGCAGGAUUUGGCCCGCAAGGACCACCUGGACAAGAUGGCACCCCGGGAAAACCUGGUCCGCCAGGUCGACCCGGGCUCCCCGGUACUCCAGGACCACCGGGCCCUCCAGGGGAGAAGGGAGACUGCGGUGAGUUGGGUCUGCCCGGUGCUGUUGGGGUACAGGGUACCCAGGGCUCACCUGGUGAUCCAGGUCGUCCGGGAGAGGUAGGCCUGGCUGGUCUCCCAGGGCCCAUGGGACCAGUUGGGCCUCCUGGACCACCAGGACCCCCAGGGCCUCCAGGAGUGUCUUACGAGCGAAAAGACGAUGGUACAGAGAUAGCCAUCAGCUACAUCCCAGGAGUGGAAGGACCAACAGGACCACGGGGACCACAAGGAAUCCCUGGGCUACCGGGAAAACCAGGAAUUCCAGGAACUCCGGGAGAAAAAGGAAGUGAGGGACCAAGAGGACGAGAUGGGAUUCCGGGGAUGGAUGGCUUCCCGGGAAAAUGGGGAGAAAAGGGAGAGAGGGGCAGUAAAGGAGAAAGAGGUCUACCUGGUAGGGAGGGGGGUCCUCCAGGACCUCCAGGGCCCCCUGGCCCCCCAGGACAGAUCAUCUACUCAACCUCAAGUAGUUUUGAGGGCGUUCAGGGAGCCCGUGAAUCACAGUUUGGACCUGGAGUCCCUGGGCUGGCAGGAUUUCCAGGCCCCAUGGGACCAAAGGGUGAGAGAGGACAGCCAGGGCCCCCAGGCGAUUCCAUCAAGGGGCAGAAAGGUGAACCUGGUUUGAUCCUUGGCCAAGACGGACAGCCCCUCUAUCUCGGGGGACUGGCCGGGCAGCCGGGUGAGAGGGGGCCUGAAGGACCAGAGGGACCUCCUGGUCCAAUCGGCCCACCUGGAAUGAAAGGGGAGAUCGGACUACCGGGCAGGCCAGGUCGUCCAGGUCUGAAUGGCGUUAAAGGGGAAAAGGGAGAUUCAGGUGUGGGUCCAGGCGGCUACGGUUACCCAGGCCCACCUGGUCCCCCUGGCCCGCCUGGUCCUCCCGGACCACCAACGCCUGUGGACAGAUAUAGAUAUGACGAUAACUCGCGGUUUUAUAUCGCCACCAAAGGAGACAAAGGGGAACGUGGAACUCCAGGAAUCCCAGGUCUACCAGGCCUCACCACCAACUUUGACAUUUAUUCUUUCAAGAACGAGAUGAAGGGGGAGCGAGGAGAUCCUGGGAUGAAAGGGGAGAAGGGAGAGCCCGGGGGAGGUUACUAUGAUCCCCGUUAUGGAGGAGGACAGGGUCAACCAGGAAUAUCUGGACCACAGGGUCCAAAGGGAGACUCUGUGAUUGGGCCUCCUGGUCAGCCAGGGCCCCCAGGACCUCCAGGGAUUGGUUAUGAUGGUCGACCAGGACUCCCAGGUCCUCCAGGUCCCCCUGGACCACCUGGACCACCUUACAGGACAUCACAACCUAUCAGCAUACCAGGGCCUCCUGGUCCCCCUGGUCCUCCUGGAAGAUCUGGACUGGGAUCUGGGGUUGUGGUGUUGAGGUCAUAUGAUGCCAUGGCAGCCACCACUCGACGACAGCCUGAAGGGACACUGGUCUACGUUGUGGACAACACAGAUUUCUACGUACGAGUGCGGGAUGGCGUUCGACAAGUCAUGCUCGGAGAAUAUACACCUUUUCCCAGAGAACCAGUUAAUGAAGUUGCUGCUGUAGAUCCUCCGUCCGUGGUGGAAUAUUCUCCGGACUAUACUGCCACAGCUCCCCCCAGAACGGCCCCCCAGCCAGUGGACCAGCAACCAGUGCUGCCUGACCCGGGUUAUCCCUCUCCCUACGACCCAAGAUACGCUUCACCUCCCGACCCACGAUACCCCAGUCACACCGAUCCGCAAUACCCUCCAUCUACGGACACGCGAUACUCCGGCCAAACUGAUCCGCGAUACUCUGGACCUGCUGACCCACGCUAUUCCAGUCCAACCGAUCCACGGUACCCUCCACCUACAGACCCACGUUACUCCGGUCAGACUGAUCCACGAUAUUCCUCACCAACCGAUCCACGAUAUUCCUCACCGACUGAUCCGCGAUAUUCCUCGCCAACUGAUCCACGAUAUUCCUCACCCACCGAUCCACGAUAUUCUUCGCCAACCGAUCCACGAUAUUCCUCACCAACUGAUCCACGAUAUACCUCGCCGACUGAUCCACGAUAUUCCUCGCCGACUGAUCCACGAUACCAUGCUCAUCAGCCUGACAGCAGGUACCCAGGGUCACAAUACCCUCACAGCCACUACCCAAGCACAACCCAGCGAAAGCCAAGUCCCCCAGUGUCUCAGCGUCCAGUUCACAAUCAUGCCUCAGGAUCUGCGUUACACUUGAUUGCCCUCAAUGCACCCCAAGCCGGGAACAUGCGGGGCAUCCGUGGGGCAGACCAUCAGUGCUUUGUGCAGGCACAAGCUGCAGGAUUUAAGGGGACAUUCCGAGCCUUCCUGUCAUCCAGGCUACAGGAUCUUCACAGCAUUGUGCGCAGGAGUGACAGGCACAAUAUCCCUAUUGUAAACCUAAAGGAUGAGGAGCUGUUCAGUAGCUGGGAAUCUAUGUUUGAUGGCUCAGAGGGCAAGAAGAGGGAGAAUGUAGCCAUCUACUCAUUCGAUGGCAAAGACGUUCUCAGGGAUGACACAUGGCCGGAGAAGAUGGUGUGGCACGGUUCAAACAGCCAGGGCCAGCGACAGACCGACAGCUAUUGUGAGACGUGGAGGGUGGGCGACCGCGCCGUCACCGGGAUGGCCUCGUCUCUUCAGGACGGCCAUCUGCUCCAGCAGGCUCCGCGUAGCUGCUCCAGCUCCUACAUACUGCUGUGUAUUGAAAACAGCUACAUCCCCUAGUCCCCUGUAUAACAACACCACCACCACCCCCCACCACCACCACCCCCCCGUGGGGUUUCAUCUCCUCCUCUCUCUGCUCUGUUUGUUUGUACAGAUGGUUGAGGGAAACAAAAACACGCAUUCCACUUCUCAAACCUACUGGGUUUUUUUUUUUUUUUGGAAUGCUGUGGAAAGGUGCUGAGACAUUAGCUCUCGAUCGAGACUCAACUCGAAUUCUCUCACAACCUGUAGCAUGACUUCCCUUUGAUACUACCCAGAUGUUACCAUCAUUAAAAAAGAACAACAAAAAAAAAAUAACCCACACACAGGUUAACUAAAAUACCUACCAGACAUCCAGCCAAGCCACCCAUAGCCUAGUGGAGUCUGUGUCAAGUGAGCCAAUACACUUGGUAGCCAUGGAUACUGACAUUGAUGUCAUCAUGAGAGUGUUAUUAUUCCCUGGCACUACACAGAAUUUAAUAUUACUGGGCGUUCAUUUGUUAUAAUAGAAUAUACCAAAGAUACCAUUGUAAACAGCACUGCCACAAUCUACCAGAGACCUCACACUCAGGAGAAGGAGUAGUUAUCGCUAGAGUAAUUUGUCGACAUCACGUUUCAUUACCAAAAAAGAAAGAGAUGUGUUUACACUGCGCGUCCAAGGAAACGUAAGGCCAUAGUUACAGUAUUAUCUUGGAAACAGAAGGCCAUAAGUUACAAUAUUAUUUCGGUGCUUCUGUGGUGAUGAAAAAAGCUGGUGACAGCUGCUGAAACUGCUCAUCACAAGUUUGAAGAUUCAUUUAAAAAUUUUAAAAUGAUAAGUUAUCUCAGCUUUAAGACUUCCACUAUCUCACGCCAAAGACAUGGGGCUAGAAUUUAACAUACCCCUCAGCAUCACUCCGCAUUAUAUUAGCACACUUUUGUUUUUACUAAACAUUACACCAAAGACAACUAACCCAGUCAUAGUCUUAUGUAUUACCACUGCAUUGUAAUCAGGGCACUUCAAAUGUUCUUUCUUAACAUUUUUUUUCUCUUCUUUGCUCUUCUCUGUCACUAAACCAGUUGUUUUAUUAAGAGCUCUCUCUCUCCAAAUCAACUUUAAUUUGGCCUUUCCAGACUAAAUACAUCCUUGCUGGGCCUAGCCUAGUGUGAAAUACAUGUUACAAAGGUUUCUUUGUGUUUUUUUUAAUACAUCUUUUAUAAAAAAAAAUCAUAGUUCAUCUUCAUGUGGAAUGUUUUCCUCCAGUUUUUGUAUCUGAUUUUUGUUUAAACAUUACAAAUAAUGUUUUAGAUUUAUAUUUAUUUUAAACAAGAGACCAAAGAGGUCAGCACUGUAUGUCCAAUGCAGUGUAAACAUUAACACAGCACGGUUGAUGGACAGAUACCUGUUUUCAAUUAUGCACUGUUUUGUAUGAGGCUUUUCAGUACUAAUCAAGAAUAUCAUAUGACAAGGGAUCGUUUCUUCAGAUUGCAUCGUCUGAAGACAUUAUAACGGAAAGGACUGACGACUGAACAAUUCAUUCAACACUACUAAUGAAGAGUGGGAGGGUUAGAACAACUAAUCGAGGCUGUUACGUCACUGCGGCUUGAUAUCGUUUUGAUGUGGUUUUAUGAAAUAAUGUACGUUUUGAAGAGAUGAGCCACUCAUUCAUUGCUAAUUGUGAGUCUACUGCGUCUGUUACUGAUAAAUAAAUCGAUGACCACAAUAAAUCGGGAACUUUGUAUGUAAAUCGUACGUACUGUA